GCUGCUUCCCUGCUCAUCGCGUCGCCGGGCGAGAUGUCCGGGCACCAGAAGGGCGGCGACAUCGAGGCAGGGACCUCCAAUGGCACUGCUGGCACCGCGCCGCCGGCGCCGGCGCAGGCGCUGUACCCCGGGAUGGCGGAGAGCCCCGAGCUGCGCUGGGCGCUCAUCCGGAAGAUCUACGUCAUCCUCUCCCUGCAGCUUCUCCUCACCGUCGUUAUCGCGGCCGUCGUCGUCAAGGUCCCUGCCAUCCCGCAUUUCUUCGUCUCCUCCUACGCCGGCCUUGGGCUCUACAUCUCCAUCCUCAUCUCCCCCUUCAUCGUGCUGUGCCCGUUGUACUUCUACAGCCAGAAGCAUCCAGUCAACCUGCUGCUGCUCGCCCUCUUCACAGUGGCCAUCAGCUUCUCUGUGGGCAUGACAUGUGCCUUUACUAGCGGCAAGGUCAUUUUGGAGGCUGCGAUUCUUACAACGGUGGUUGUGUUGAGCCUUACUGCUUACACUUUCUGGGCUGCAAGGAGGGGCAAGGACUUCGGCUUCCUUGGUCCUUUCCUAUUUGCUUCUCUCAUCAUGCUGCUCGUCUUUGGAUUCAUACAGAUCCUCUUCCCGCUGGGCAAGCUCUCUCACAUGAUCUAUGGCGCGCUUGCAGCACUCAUCUUCAGUGGGUACAUUGUCUAUGACACGGACAACGUCAUCAAGCGUUACAACUAUGACGAGUAUGUCUGGGCUGCCGUCUCGCUCUACCUCGACGUCAUCAAUCUCUUCAUGGCGCUACUGAACCUGUUUAGCGCCGGUGACAGUUGAAGCCCAUUGCCUUGCCCCCGUUCACGAGAACUUGAUUUGAAGAGUUGUAUAGGCUGCUGGUCUCGCUGCGAUGGUCAAGAUGUUGCUUAUUAGUAUAGUUGAGUUGAUACCUAGCUAAGAGAGGAAAUUUAAAAUAACUGAUGUGCGUUGGUUCUAUUGUAUGUAUGGUGAUGUGCUACUGAGUUUACGAUAUUAUUUCUUA